CGCGGCCGUGACGCAAGACCAGCAGCCGGACAACAAGCAGACGCAGCACCGCGCAGCACGCCCUGGGGCAGUGGGGUUCGGGCCCGCACGCCGGGCCUGCAGGGCCUGCAGGGCCUCGGAAGAGCAAGGUGGUGGUGUCCCGUGCCGAGAGCCGUGAGGACCGUGAGGACCGUGAGGACUUGGGAAGGAUCAGAUGGCUGGCUCGGUGUUCGGACUGGACAAGGGGUGACGAGGGCCGUGCCGCGCCGUCGCCAUGAAGGCCGUCGCCAUGAAGAAGGUUGCCGUGAAGGCCGUGAGGGGUCCCUGGACGCUGUCCCUGCUGCUGCUCCUCGCCCACCUGGACCCCAACGGCCCUGGCUGCGGCCUCGCCCUCCCGGCGUCCUCGGCACCACCGGCCUCGGCACCACCGGCCUCGGCACCACCGGCCUCGGCACCAUCGGCCUCGGCACCAUCGGCCUCGGCACCAUCGGCCUCGGCACCAUCGGCCUCGGCACCAUCGGCCUCGGCACCAUCGGCCUCGGCGCCCCCACCGCCACCCUCACCAGCAGCUUCGGUUUCCAGCACGGCCUCCAACGCCACGGGGACAGCUCCAACGACGACGUCCCACCUGUCUUCCUCGUCCUCGGGGCCAUACCCUCAAACUCCGGGCCCUCCUCUAACGUCCACCGCGGUCUCAGUGCCAGCCUCCACCACGGCCGCCACCACCACGAUGACCUCCACCGCGGUCUCCACGACAGCCUCCAUCACGGCCUCCACCACGACCGCCACCAAUACGACCACGGCCACCACGAACACCUCCACCACGGCCACCACAAACGCAACCUCCGUCAAGGCCACCAGCACAAGUCCUCUGGCUGAAAAAGCUGCAUUGAAAUCGUCCUCGGCGGGGGGAGGCCGCGCUACCGAUGGCGCUGAUAUGUCAUCGAGCGCCCCGGCCUCGGCCCCGACCUCGGCCCCGACCUUCACCACCGCGCGCAGCACGAGCACGGCUGCAGCAGCUGGGACAAGUGUGCUGAAGUCACCCGCCGCCCCCAAAGCCGCCCCCACGUCCGCCCCGACGUCCACCCCCACGACGACGCCGCGCCGCCCCGGCACGGCCGAGACCCACGUCUGGCUGCCCAGCGCGCCCCCUGUCAAGGUACCCGACGUGGCCGCCGCCAACGACACCGAGCUGGACACGCCGCCGCCCGCCGUGGACGUGCAGGGCCUGGACGAGGACAACUUCACCUACUACAAGAACUGCACCAACGACUACUGCGUGCCGGACGAGCACUACGUCGACAUGAUCGUGGACUACAUCUUCCCCUCCAAGCUGGAGUGGUUCUUCAUCGGGCUGCACGCCCUGGUGUUCGUCGGCGGGCUGGUGGGGAACGCGCUCGUGUGCGUGGCCGUGUACUGCAACCACACCAUGCGCACCGUCACCAACUACUUCAUCGUGAACCUGGCCGUGGCCGACUUCCUCGUGAUCCUGGUGUGCCUGCCGCCCACCGUCAUCUGGGACGUGACGGAGACGUGGUUCAUGGGCACGGCGCUGUGCAAGAUCGUGCUCUACUUUCAGACCGUGUCCGUGACGGUGUCCGUGCUGACCCUCACCUUCAUCUCCGUGGACCGCUGGUACGCCAUCUGCUACCCGCUCAAGUUCAAGUCCACCACCAGCAGGGCCAAGAAGGCCAUCGGGCUCAUCUGGGCGCUAGCCUUCAUCUUCGACUCGCCCGAGGUGUUCGUGCUGGAGACCAAGAAGAAGGAGCUGCGGGUGGACGUCAUCUACUUCACGCAGUGCCAGCCGUCCUGGGGCGACAACAUCGACACCGCCUUCCACGUCGUCAAGACCUUCAUCCUCUUCUUCUUCCCGCUGGGCUUCAUGACGGUGGCCUACGUGCAGAUCAUCCGGGUGCUCUGGAGCAAGAGCAACAUCCCGGGCCACGCCGAGUCCAAGAGCGUGUACGCCAACAGCAACGGCAACGGGGUGCCGGCCGCGCGGCGCACCAUGAACCGCAGCAUCUCGUCCAGCUCGCAGGUGCUGGGCCGCAGGAAGGCCGCCAAGAUGCUGGUGGUCGUGGACAUCAUGUUCGCCUGCUGCUACCUGCCGGUGCACAUCUACAGCAUACUCAGGUACACGGUGGUCAUUCCCCAGACGGAGGCCACCACCACGUUCGCCAUGCUGUCGCACUGGCUGUGCUACUUCAACAGCGCCAUCAACCCACUUAUCUACAACUUCAUGAGUGGCAAGUUCAGGAAGGAGUUCGCCGGGGCCUUCCGCUGCUCGUGCGCCGCCAGCCGCCUGUUCCGGCGCCGGGCCGUGCGCGGCUCCGCCAGAAGGUACUCGUCGUUCUCGUUCUCGUGACUCACUGUCUUGCCUCGCGCCCCACACUGCAAGUGC